GUGUGAGAACACGGCCAACACUGCCCCAAUUAAAAUAAGCCGGAUUCCAGAGUCAUAUGUGUGUUUCCAGGAGAAUGGAGGGAGGUGGAGGAGCCUGUUGAGGAGCGGAUGUGAGGAGGACAGUAAAGAGCUGAGGAAUCAACAGAGGGCUCGAUAUAAAGGCUGACUGGGACAAGCUGACCCUCAUCACACUCCCUGAAGCAACUGACCAAAGCUGACGCAGCACGACUGAGCAGAAUGAGCAUGUGCAGAGCGGUGGCUGGUUGCUUGGUGUUGGCGUGCAUGGCGGCGCUGCUGGCUGAGAGGACAGAGGGACACAUAACCUUCUUCAGCCCGAAGGAGAUGAUGCUGAUGAAGGAGAGAAAAGACAUGGAGCCUCGAUCGGAGGACGGCCAGUUGGAAGAGGUCACAGUUCAACAGCUUCCUCGGCUGGACCGGGGCGGAAAUCCUGAUCAAACCGUGGAGAUCGCUGUGCGUCUUUCACCCAAGCAGCUGGACCACGUGACUCCGGUGCUGGAAGAGAUCCUCCAUGAGAUCGAGCAGGAACUUGAGAAAGCCAAAUAGCUUGAAGACACCGGGGGACGAACAGCUGUACAAACUCUUCACAAAGCACUGAAUGCUCAAAUGUUUUAUUGUGUGUUAAAGAAUCAAUAAAGGGAAGUGAUUGUG